UCCCGUGGAGAGCUGAGCGCGCAGCCCGCCGGCGCUGGAGAGGAGGCGCGUCGCGCUGGUGGGGAGAGAGCCUGACGGCGAAAGAGGGGUCCUUCCCAAGUUUGGAAGCGCGUGAGAAAGCGAGGCCCUCUGCCCUCCCCGAGGACUCCCUGCGCCAUCUAGUAAAAGAUUGGAGAACGCCAGAUCAACCUCAGGAUGGAUAAGUAUAAAGCUCUGGAACAGCUGCUCACAGAACUUGAAGAUUUUCUGAAGAUACUAGAUAAGGAGAACCUUAGCAGCACCGCUGUAGUGAAAAAGAGCUUUCUUGCUGACCUCCUUCGACUGUGCACAAAAUCAAAUGGUGGUGAUGAGGAAUAUAUUUAUAUGAACAAGGUUACCAUCAAUAAACAACAGAGUGAACCAGAGAAAGCAGACAAAGUGCCCAGUUUCAGAGACUUCUUGACCAAUGGGGAAGUGGAACAGCAUUUGUCUCCUCCUCAGAAAAGUUUGCCAGACCUUCCACCCUCAAAAAUAAUUCCAGAAACAAAACCACAUUCAGGUCCCAAAACAGACUCUCCAGAAGGGUACUACGAAGAAGCAGAGCCCUACGGUGUCUCUGUGAAUGGUCUUUAUGGUAGACUUGCAGCUACUGGAUCCAGACCAGGGUUGCAGGUUACCGAGGGAGUAAUAUAUGCCACAAUCACUAUGGAUGAUGGAGAAGCAGUUAGCAGCUCCUAUGAAUCCUACGAUGAGGAAGAGAGCAGCAAAGGCAAGUCAGCUCCGCAUCAGUGGCCUUCCCCUGAAGCUUCCAUUGAACUCAUGAAAGACGCCCGGAUCUGCGCUUUCCUCUGGAGGAAGAAAUGGCUGGGCCAGUGGGCCAAGCAGCUUUGUGUGAUUAAGGACAACAGACUGUUGUGCUACAAGACUUCCAAGGACCACAAUCCCCAGUUGGAUGUUAAUUUGCUGGGUUGCAGUGUCAUUCACAAGGAGAAGAAUGUGAAGAAGAAGGAGCAUAAGCUGAAGAUCAUCCCCAUGAAUGCCGAUGUGAUUGUGCUGGGCUUGCAGAGUAAGGACCAGGCUGAACAGUGGCUCAGAGUAAUUCAGGAGACAAGUGGACUCUAUUCAGAUGGUCUGCGUGAAGGGAACCAAUAUGUUCCAGACUCCCAGCGGUUCUGUUAUCCCAAACUGGAGCCAGCUGAGAGAUAUUCGGGGGCAUCAGAAAGCGGAAGCAGCACUGAUGGUCACAUAGAGCUGACAGAAACUAAAGAUGCUAAGAAGAAAGGCACAUCUGGUUUAAAACUGAGCAACUUGAUGCACCUUGGGAGAAAGAAAUCUGCCUCACUGGACAGUCCAGAGAAGUCUUUGGAUACUUGUACAUACCUGAAUGUACUAGUGAACAGCCAGUGGAGAUCUCGGUGGUGCCAUGUGAAAGAUGGGCAGCUCCAUUUCUACCAGGACAAGAACAGAAGCAAAACGGCGCAGCAGCCUCUGAACCUGCUAGGCUGUGAAAUUGUUCCAGACCCCAGUCCUGACCAUCUCUACUCAUUCCGUAUCCUGCAUAAUGGGGAUGAGCGGGCCAUGUUAGAGGCCAAGUCUUGUGAAGAAAUGGGCCACUGGCUUGGUCUCCUUUUAUCAGAAUCUGGCUCAAAAACAGACCCCGAGGAGCUUACCUAUGAUUAUGUCGAUGCUGACAGGGUUUCCUGCAUUGUCAGUGCAGCAAAGAAUUCAUUUCUGUUAAUGCAAAGGAAAUUCUCAGAACCCAACAUGUACAUCGACAACUUGCCAAAGGGCCAGGAGGAAGAAGAGCUCUAUGACGACGUGGAUGUUCCAGAGGCGACAGUGGAGGAACUGAUCCCAAAUGAAAGUAAGCAUGAGGGGGAGCAGGACAGGACCUAUCUUGACCUCACUCCCAUUUCAUCCUUCAUGCACUGUGGUGGCAAGAAGCUUGGCCAGCUGUCUCCUUCCCUUUCUCCAUCUUUGCAAAGAGCCACCCAAAAGAGCUCAGCAGACUGUGAGAAAGAAGUGUCAGUGCUGCCUAAAGAAGCAGAUUCUAGGAGAAGAUCCAUGGAGACUCCAGACCAGAAGUCUCUGGAUGCAGAUGAUCUACAACCACCACCACCACGGGCAACUAUGGUAAAAAUCCAGACCCAGCAACAGCAAAUUGCCUUUCCACAGGGUGGCCCUGAGAUUAAGGACAUCUCUACAGUUGUGACAGCACCCAAAGAGAAAGUGGAGCAGCCCAAGCUGGUGAAUGCAGUCCCUGUAGAAACCAAACUGGGCAAGAACAGGACGGAGGCAGAAGUGAAACGGUACUCUGAAGAGAAAGAUCGUCUAGAGAAGGAGAAAGAGGAAAUCCGCUCUGAGCUGGCCCAGCUGCGGAAAGAGAAGAGGGAGCUGAAGGAGAUGCUGAUAAACUGCACAGACAAGAGCCUUUUGUCCUCCUUGAAGCAAAAACUGAAGGAAGUAGAAGAGGAAUGCAAAAGGAAAGAAGACCACCGUGUGGACUUGGAGCUGAGCCUUGUGGAAGUUAAGGAGAACCUCAGGAAAGCAGAGUCUGGGCCUGUCACACUGGGCACUGCUGUGGAUACCACACACCUGGAGAAUGCAAGCCCCAAAAUACAGAUGAAAGCUGCCAGUGCUAUGAACAACACUGAAACUUCACCAGUCAAUUCAGCAAUGGCACUAAAAAAUCGACCUUUAUCUGUCAUGGUCACAAAGAAAGGAAUGGUUCUGCAGAAAACUAAGGAAUGGGAGAAGAAAGGUGCUAGUUAGGAUAUCACAGCAUCAAGAGUGGACUUAAGACUAGAGCUGGCCUUUCACGGACUACAGUAUUCUAUGCCAGUAGCUAAAAUGGUCCAGCUGUGGUGAGGUGAGGCAUGACAAGCAGUAUGCCAUGCCAUUUUCUCUAGAAGAAAUGAUGGAACUUGCCUGGAUUCCAACAUGGCCUUCAUCCAAAUACGAACACUGCUCCUUUUAGCAGAGUUGUACUGUGUAGCUAAGAGAGCUAACACAAGUGGAAAUGUUGCUUCUAACCCCCUUGAUGUCAUGAAAGUGUUGCUGUACAUAAGGAUGCUUUUUGUAUUUCUACUUUGAUAUUUUAUCAUUGUCAGAUCCACCAUCCAUGGAACAUGGAAUCAGCCAGAUCUGUUUAAUCUUCCUCUGAUACACCAAGGUGUUUUGGAGAGAAGGGUGGUCAAUGUUAGGUUUUUCCUUUGGAUAAAAGAUAUACUAACCAAAUAAGAAAACUUGAGAAAAGAUCCAAGCAACUUAUCUAAAAAGUAGCUUCUGUCCAGCUGUGUGCAGAAGACAACCUGACUUUCCAUAAAGAAUUCCAAACAAGAACAGGGUCCAACUACUCAAGUUUCAGAGUCUUAUCUUGGUACAAGGAAUAGUCUGUGCAUGAGAAAUAAUAGUUGUGGCCUCGAGGGCUCUCAGCAAGACAUCCUGGUCAAUGAGGUUCACAGACCAGGAUACUCCUGUAUAUACGAGGACUUUCCAGUGGACAUUCCACUCUGUGCAAACAUCUAUCCUAACCAUAACAAGAUUUAUGUACUGAUGCAGUGAUGGGGCUCACUUUGUGGAAUGAGCUCAGGAAUAGACCUGCUGAAAUCAAUGAGACUUAAAUUAGUCACGAAACCGUCUGUCCCAUUGAGUGGGUCUGCCCAAAGUAGGACUAAGGCUCAAUCUAACACAGAUAACAAUAGCUCAUUUGAGCAGAUGCCACUGCACUUGGUAUUCUAUACAAUGGACAGUCCAAUGUUUAUGCUGCAUGUUACACCGAAGUGCAGAAUUUUUUAAAAGAACCAUUUACUGAAGUAUUGUGAAGGUAACCACACAAACAUUAUUUGGAAGACUGAGACAUUUAAAUUAGGAUUGAAGUUAAUUUUUUAAAGUUAAAGCAUAUUUCAUUCUUCAAGCAAACAUAUGAUUAGAACAAGGCAGGAGUUGAUGGAGCUGCAGUCAGAAAAACCAAGGAGAUCGUGCCGAAGUCUCAGGCUUUGCUACACUAGGACAGAAUCCUGUGUAAGUUGAGAUGGAAAAAAACAGCCUAUGAAAAAAAAGCCUUAUUUUUGUUUAUACUUGCUUAGGAUUGUGCCUUAAAAGUGUCAAAGUCACACAUUUUACCCUUAAAAGUCCAAGUAUGAAACUUUUUUCCAAGGCAGGCUAGAUUCAAAGCAGACUAAUUUUUAUUAAAUGGUUAUUGCCAAUGAAGUAAUAGUAUGCUAUAAAGACCACAGAUGCAGCCUGAGCUAAGGACCUUUCCAGACAAUCUUUCUGGCUAUUCUGCGAGGUAUAGGAUUCCUGAGGUGUGCUCUUAUUAAGAAAAGCUAGCCUUUUGCAUCCGCCAACUUAAGAAAGCUAAGCUAGACCCCAGAUACGUUGUGUAUUGGUGCAUUAAGCGGGCUUUUAAAAUACAAUACAAGGGUAAACACUAUUCACACACGUGCACAUGGAAAGUCCACAGGUUACCAGCCCAGUUGAAAGAGGUUAUGGUGUAUAUUGCCAUUUCAAGAGUUGCAAGCAGCCACACUCAUCCAAAAAGGUUGACAAGAUGCAGCCACCCUUGUUCAGGAAGUAGCAAUUCCAACUGAUAAAACUUUUUUGUGUGUCUUCAGUCUUGUUGCCACUAGUUUCAUGACAUCUGUCUUCCACUGUAUCAUUGGCUAGUCAAUGCUAAGAUGGGGGCAACAGGCAGAGCGGCAGGAGAAAGGGCAAUAGCACUUCGGUCCCCUGGCAGAGUCAAUGGGGAAAGGUACCACAGGUGCUGCCACUGGCUCUUUUACCCCACGUGUGGGCAGCCAGGUCUCCUCCAGCCAUACUAUUCUGUGUCUCCACCAAAGCACUAGAGCUGCCGGUGUCAGCCAGGACACAGAAAUUCAAUCUACAGUCACAAUCAGAUCCAGAGUAUUCAUUUAAACAAUCAUAGGACUAUGUUAUUAUUGUGUUUGUAGCAAAAUAAUAAUUUCUUUUGUUGUACAUGUGCCUCUGCAAUCAGUUGCUAUUUUAGAAGAGUUUUUUUUUUUUAAAGA